GGUCCUGUACGCAAGUCGACGCCCUUCAUCGCAGCGGUGUGAGCCUUGUCUGGUCGUCGUCCUUAGAGCGGAGGAACAGUUGCAAUUUGCCAUCAUGCAUAAGUCAGAGGAACCUGAACAACUCCGGAAGCUUUUCAUUGGCGGUUUAAGCUUUGAGACCACAGACGAAAGCCUUCGAAACCAUUUUGAACAAUGGGGCGCCCUAACAGACUGUGUGGUCAUGAGAGAUCCAGGCUCAAAACGGUCCCGUGGCUUUGGCUUUGUUACUUAUGCUAACACUGAGGAAGUUGAUGCUGCUAUGAACGCAAGACCGCAUAGGGUGGAUGGUCGCAUGGUGGAGCCUAAACGAGCAGUUUCCAGAGAGGACUCUCAAAGACCAGGAGCACAUCUAACGGUCAAGAAAAUCUUUGUUGGAGGAAUAAAAGAGGACACAGAAGAAUCUCACUUGAGAGACUAUUUUGAACAGUAUGGAAAGAUAGAAGCUGUUGAGAUAAUGACAGACCGUGCUAAUGGCAAGAAAAGGGGCUUUGCCUUUGUUACAUUUGAAGACCAUGAUUCAGUCGACAAAAUUGUCAUUCAGAAAUACCAUACCAUCAAUGACCACAAUUGUGAAGUAAGGAAAGCUUUGUCCAGACAAGAAAUGUCCACAGCAUCUUCCAGCCAAAGAGGACGUGGUGGUGGAGGAGGAGGAAGCUUUGGACGUGGUGGUGGUGGAGGCGGUGGUGGUGGUUUUGGUGGCAGUGAAAGCUAUGGUGGCCGUGGAGGAAACUUUGGUGGAAGCAGAGGAGGUGGUGGUUUUGGUGGACGUGGUGGAUAUGGAGGUGGCAAUGAAGGUGGCUACAACAACGGAUUUGGCAAUGAUGGGGGCUAUGGAAGCAAUCCACCCUACUCUGGUAACCGUGGAUAUGGAGGUGGACAAGGUUAUGGAGGCGGCGGCCAAGCUGGUUAUGGUGGAAGUGGUGGUGGAUACGAUGGCUAUAGUGGCGGGGGCAGCGGCUUUGGUGGCGGAAAUGGAAACUUUGGUGGCAGCAGUGGUGGUGGCGGUGGUAGCGGCGGCGGCAAUUACAGUGACUUUGGCAGCUUCAAUAACCAGUCAUCAUCAAACUUUGGGCCAAUGAAAGGUGGUGGAAAUUACAGUGCAAGGAGUUCUGGACCUUAUAGUGGCGGUGAGAAACCUUUUAAUAGUGGUGGUGGCUAUGGAGGUGGUUCCAGCGGCGGCAGUGGAUAUGGUGGCGGAAGAAGAUUUUAAACGGCUUUAGGAAAUGCUUAGCAGGAGAGGACAGCCAGGCAAGCGACAGGUUACUACACAAGUUGAAUUCAGCCAAGCACAGUUGUGGCAGGGCAUAGCUGCUACAUGAAGAAAUGUUAGCAAAUCUUUAUGUGUGAGGAAAAACACAGGAAGAAAUAUGAAGACUUAAUAUUAAUGUAUUGUUGAAGUGUCACGCAUUCCUAGGACUGGGUUUUAUUGUAUAGGAUUCCUUUUUUUUUUUUUAGUUUUAUUUUUUAAUUGUAAAGGCAUCAUGACUCUUGAAUAAAUGUGUCCCUUUUUUUUAA